UGCGGAAGAGAGUGUAUCACGACUGCGUUCCUCCUCUAGCCUUCCGUCCGAUGCGGGCUCCCGGCAGCGAUAAGAUUGGAGACUCGCAAGGCCGGCAGUACUUUGUGCUUCUCACUUGGUAGCGACCUCACUUGCGGACAGCGACAUUCAUCGAAGCCGAGCACCUGCCUGAACCGUCACCAUGAAGUGCAGCUGCUCGAGGGUCGAGAUGGCACUCUAUUUUUUACUGGUGACUGUGCUGUGUGCGGCGCAGCUGUCCCUUGCGCAGCACCAAAGGAAGGUUGGAGGCCUCAGUCGUCCGGGAGUGGUGUUUCCAAGCCGUGGUGAGGCAUGGCCCCGGCCGAUGAACCAGACGACCGGCUCCAACCUGAUCCUUCUCGACCCAAGCACCUUCGCCUUCGUGUUUGUCGGACCCCCUGGCGGCUGUGACGUAGCCGACAGGGCGCUUAAGCGAUACCGCGACCAGCUUCUCUUCAAUGGCUGCGCGCGGUCGGGAGUUGCGGCUGGCAACCUGCGAAGAGCACCCCCACGCCGCCCUGUCGGUGGUGUGCCGGUAGCCAGCAUCAGCUCGCUGCUUGUCCACCUUCGCGGGCAAUGUGAGCACACGCCGCAGCACGACAUGGAUGAAGCUUACACUCUGCAGUUGACGGCCCAGUCACAACCUUCCCUGUCCGCAAAUUCCGUGUGGGGCCUGCUCCGGGGCCUGGAGACGUUCAGCCAGAUCGUGUACCCCUACGACGGCACUCAGUUCGCGGUCAACGAGACUGUCAUCUACGACGCCCCAAGAUUCCAGCACCGCGGCCUCCUCAUCGACACUUCCAGACACUUCCUCCCGCUCAAGUCAAUCAUCGAGACACUGGACGCCAUGGCCUACAACAAGAUGAAUGUAUUGCACUGGCACGUCACAGACGACCAGUCUUUUCCGUUCGUCAGCAGAACGUUCCCUUCCUUGAGUGAAAAGGGUGCCUUUGACCCCGAGACGCACGUGUACAAGCCCACUGACGUGCAGUACGUUAUUGACGAGGCUGCUGCCAGGGGCAUCCGGGUUAUGGCCGAAUUCGACACGCCCGGCCACACGCUUUCCUGGGGGGAGGCAUACCCCGAGCUGCUGACCACGUGCUAUGAUGGCCGCGUGCCAAAUGGCCGGCUAGGGCCCGUUGACCCGACGCGCAACGAGACGUACCGCUUCCUUGGCCAUUUCUUCGCUGAGGUGGCGCACGUGUUCCCGGACCAGUACCUGCACCUUGGAGGGGACGAGGUCGGCUUCCUAUGCUGGAUGUCUAAUCCUAACGUGACUAGCUUCAUGCGAAAGAUGGGAUUUCCUGGGCGUUUUGACAAGCUCGAGGAGUUCUACAUACAGAGAUUGCUUGAGAUCGUUCAGACCCUGCGCAAGAGUUACAUGGUUUGGCAAGAAGUGUUCGACAACAAAGUUCAGAUCGCCCCAGACACCGUGGUGCAUGUGUGGAAGAAUCCGCCGGAGCACGAAUUGGCUUCGGUAACGUCUGCGGGCUACAAAGCACUGCUGUCUUCCUGCUGGUACCUCGACCACAUAUCGUACGGCAGUGACUGGAAGAAGUACUACGCCUGUGACCCACAGCAGUUCCCCGGUACCCCAGAACAAAAGUCGCUGGUGCUUGGCGGUGAAGCCUGCGUGUGGGGCGAGUUCGUAGAUGGCACUAACCUCAUCAGCAGGACAUGGCCACGUGCAUCGGCGGCCGCCGAGCGGCUAUGGAGUCCAGCCACUGUGAAGAGUGCCAGGGAUGCCGCCCCUAGGCUAGAAGAGCAUCGCUGCAGAAUGACGAGGCGUGGCCUUGCAGUCGAACCUCAGAAUGGCCCUGGAUUCUGCGAGUGCGACAUAGCUAUCUGAGCUCUGCAGCUGCCACCGCCAAGUCCGUCAGACACGGCACACUGUCACAAGCCUCAGAAAUCAAUCAACAAGACGACGCACAAGAAUGUGAUCGCUUCAGGGACAAUAAACACAGUGUUACAAUCGCCAACACAAAGCAGCUUAGUGUAAAGGAAAAUGAAAGUGAGAAAAAAAU